AAAUUCAGCAUUAAAAGCAGAAGUUACCAAAAUAUAUCUAUAAUUUCCCUAAACAUAAAUUAAAAGUAGUUUAACCAUCAUUAAAAACGGAAAUAAGAGGAAUUCUACAUUUGGACAAAAGAAGAUUAAAAAUAAUUGAAUGGUCUAAAAUACCCUUAAUUAAACACUCUGCCUCAUCAUCUACAGCAUCUGCUUGCCGAUCCUAUCUUCUCCUGCCCUCGAUCGAUCUUCUCCCAUCCCCUGUGCGCCGCCGCCAAAUCUCACGCCAGUGUCGCCGCCGAUCAAAACAAUUGUCGCUGUCGACCAGGUCCAAUUGUACCGCUUCUGUCAUCCAGGUUCGUACUCUUUAUCUCACUCUUCUUCUCCUUUCAGAUGUCGUCGAUUUGUGACUGUGAUGGUGAACAACGGUUGAGAUGGCUAGCAUACGGCGGCUAGGUGGAAGAUAACCUAAAUAAGGCUAACUAAAUAAUAAAGUUACAAACAGUAAACUCAAAAACAACCACCCGUAAAUAAACCACCUGUGCACUAAAUCACGACCCGAGGUUUUCUACCUAUUCCAGCUCAAUCCGAGGUUUAUAAUUUACUAAAAAAGUUUGCAAAUUUCAAAAUAGGACUUCCAUGUUUUUAUUCAAAAAUAGGACUAAUUAUUGUCAUGUUUUGGCAGUACCAGAAUUCAAAAAGUUAGUAUUUUCCAAAUUUGGCAGUAAUUAGUCCUAUUUUGUAAUUUUGAAACUUUUUAGUCUUAUUUCGGGAACUUUCCUUUUUUAUGGAUUUUUUCCAGGAGCGUGUGCGUGUCUGGUUUAGACUCUUUAGGGCAAUUGUUUUGAAAUCAGAAGUGUUUUUGUGAUCUUGUCUUGUUUGGUAAGACUAUCCACUUAGCUUUGCUGUCAUAAAUUUUGGAAAAUUCAGAAUGUGUUAUUUUCCUUGUUGAACCUUCUUUUUUCAUUGUAUUUGCUCCUUUGGUUAUAUGAGACACACAUACACCGUCACACACAUGGAUUAUACAUUAUGCAGGUGUGUAUAUCUAUGAAUAUGUACAUAUAUAUGUGUGCUACUUGUACGUAGCUUAUUUGUUAAUUCAAAUUAAUUUAUAUGUACACGGUAUACUUAUGAUGUUUUUACUUGGAUUGUAAUUUGUAAUUUGUCGGUCUGGUCUGAACUGGUCUGAUCUGAUCUUUUAAUGUCUGGUAUCUUUGUAUUUUUGUAACUAUCCAAGUCUGGUCUGAAUUGGUCUGGUCUGGGACGAAUUACAGUCCAAGUAAAAACAUCCUUACAUUCCAUGAACUAAACUGGAUGUUGAAUUGAAAAUUAGCGAAUUUGAUGAGCUAAUUACUACGUAUAAUAGUUGCUAUGCUUUUAUUUUUGCAAUUUUACAUCAAUGAUAUUGAAACUUUUAACUUUUUAAGAACAAACUCAAAGAUAUAUUCUUCUUGAUGAAGGGUGUACACUUGCCUGCCCAUGAUUUUUUAUUUUUUUUGCAUUAUAUAUAUACUCCGUAUUUUUUAUUUUGUUUACAAUUGGGCCAGUGCAAGAAAAAUACUGGCCCAGUGUAAAUCAUUCUGGCCCAGUGCAAAAAAUGUCCAAUGCUAAUCUAAACAAAAGAGCACAGCAGCAAGGCAGAGACAGGAGUUCCAAACGUUGGACGCAUCACGCAUCAAGCAUCAAGCAGGAGUCCAAACCACUCCCAUCGUCGAUUCGCCGGACGCCACCACUCCGCCGAUCGCCCGCUGUCAUCGCUGGAGGCCGGACGCCCACCGUUUUUUUCUCGUUGGUUGCUCCUGGUCGUCUGCUCAGGCGCGCAGACAGGCUGCUUGACUGCUGGCUGUUUGUCUGCAUCUCUCCAGGACUCCAAUCUCUAGACUCAACACAACUAUUCAGCCAAGCUGCCAAGUAAAAAAUGAGGAAUCAGAAGAAAAAGAAUGCAGGUCGAAGUGUUUCCACGGAAUCUACUUUUGAUGAGAUUGAGCAACUGGGCAAUAGUGACGAUGAUAACAGAAAUGCAGAGAAUGAAAUAACUUCCAUUGCAUUCACAGGGAAGAAGAAGCCAUCAAAAUCUAGUAAGAAAGCAGUUAGAAGUGUGUUUGCAGCCACUGCUUUUGACAGCCUAGAUGAUUUGCAGGAGAGUUUGGAGCUUAAUGAAGAGGAAGAUGAUGAAGCUCCUAAUAUCACUUUCACCGGAAAGAAAAAGAAAACAGCAAAAAAGAGCAGCCCUUUCAGUUUUGGUGAUGACGAUGAUAAUUUUGCUAAGAUGGAUACCGAUUCACUAGAAGAGGAUGUUACUGCUCAGGAAGACGAUGCAUCUGUGAUUAUUUUUUCUGGUAAAAAGAAAUCAUCUAAAAAGAAGAAUCAAACUGCCUUCAACAUGCUUGAGGAGGAGGAUCCCGUAGAUGAGGCACCUGAUGCAGUUCAUGCUUUUGAAAAACUGAGCCUAGCUGAAAGGGAUAAAGAGGCAGCAGGAACAAAAAACAAGAUUCAGGUUCAAGAAGACAUGGCUGGAGUUUCAAAGACCAAGUCCAAGAAGAAGAAGAAGAGUGGAAAAACAGUUCAAGAAGACGAGGAUGAGAUUGAAAAGAUUCUAGCAGAGCUUGGUGAAGGUCCAUCAGUUUCUUCCUCUGUCCCUGUUCCGUCUUCUACCGGAGAGAACUUACAGCCGUUACCGGUACAACCUGAACCAAAAGGUAAAACAAAGAAAAAGAAGGGUGGAAAAAAAACUGAAGAUGAUGAAAUUGACACAGUUUUAGCUGAACUUGGAGAGGGACUGCCAACAUCCAAACCACAAGAGGAAAAAGAUAAUAAUCUUUGUCAAACAGAAGAAGACAUUCCUGAGAAAGAAACUGUGGAGGGAGUGGUGGAGUCAGCAGCUGCAAAGAAGAAGAAAAAGAAGAAGGAGAAAGAAAAGGAGAAAAAGGCAGCAGCUGCUGUGGUUGAGGAGAAGCAGGAAGAGGCAAAAGCUGACGGAAAGAGUAAAGCAGCUGAUAAAAAAGUUCCUAAACAUGUCAGGGAGAUGCAAGAGAGACUUGCCAGACUCAAGGAAGCAGAAGAAAAGAAAAAAAGGGAAGAAGAAGAAAAGCUGAGGAAGGAAGAAGAAGAGCGUCUCCGGCAAGAGGAGUUAGAAAGGCUUGCAGAGGAAAAAAAACGCCAGAAGAAGGAGAGGGAAAAGGAGAAGCUCUUGAAGAAGAAACAAGAGGGGAAGUUGCUGACCGGAAAGCAGAAGGAAGAAGCUCGCAGAUUAGAACUGAUGAGAAAACAAAUAUUAGCCAAUGCAGGGGGGCUACCACUCCCGUCUGGGGAGAUGCCUAAAGAGGGAACAAAACGACCGAAGUAUCAAACAAAGAAGCCAAAGCAACAAUCUCAUGCAAAUGAGAUUGUUGAUGAAGAAGUGGAAACUACAGAGGACAAGUCAGAGAUUAUGGAGGACAGAUCAGAGAUUACAGAAGACAAGUCAGAAGUUGCUGAUGUGGAAGAAAAUGGAAUUCAAGAAGAAGAAGAAGACGAUGAGGAAUGGGAUGCAAAAAGCUGGGAUGAAGCUGAUUUAAAACUGCCUGGUAAAAGUGCAUUUUCUGAUGAGGAAGCAGAUGAAGAACCAAAAGCUUUGGUCAGAAAAGAGAUGAAGGUUGAGCAGGCAGCUGUUCGUGAUUCUUCAAUUGCUUCCAAGGGAGUUCCUAAAAAUGAGAACAGUAAGAAAAGUGAGACAGUGCCGGAGAGUAAGCACAAAAAAGGCAUAGAAGGAAUGGAAGCACAGAAACCUGUUGCACUUCCUGAAAAAAGUGAAAAGGACCUUCGUUCUCCUAUCUGCUGCAUUAUGGGCCAUGUUGAUACCGGGAAAACCAAGCUUCUUGAUUGUAUACGAGGCACUAAUGUCCAAGAAGGUGAAGCAGGAGGGAUCACUCAGCAGAUUGGUGCUACCUACUUUCCUGCAGGGAAUAUAAGAGAGAGAACUAGAGAGCUAAAAGCGGAUGCUACACUGAAGGUCCCUGGUUUGUUGGUCAUUGACACCCCAGGGCACGAGUCAUUCACUAAUCUCCGCUCUAGAGGGUCAGGCUUGUGUGAUAUUGCAAUUUUGGUCGUGGAUAUAAUGCAUGGACUGGAGCAGCAAACAAUUGAGUCACUCAAUCUUUUGAAGAUGAGGAAUACAGAGUUUAUCAUUGCUUUAAAUAAGGUUGACAGGCUUUAUGGAUGGAAAGUUUGCAAGAACUCACCUAUUCAGAAGGCGAUGAAACAACAGAAUCUAGAUGUUCAGCGAGAAUUUAAGGAAAGGCUCACUCAGAUAGUCACACAGUUCAAAGAGCAAGGAGUGAAUACGGAAUUGUACUAUAAAAACAAAGAUAUGGGUAAAGAUACAUCCAGCAUUGUUCCUACUAGUGCUAUCAGUGGUGAAGGUAUUCCUGAUUUAUUGCUAUUACUUGUCCAAUGGACUCAAAAGACAAUGACUGAGAGGCUUACGUUUAGCAAUGAAGUCCAGUGUACUGUGUUGGAGGUAAAGGUUAUUGAAGGCCAUGGAACUACCAUUGAUGUAGUGCUUGUUAAUGGUGUGCUUCAUGAAGGAGACCAAAUAGUUGUUUGUGGCACGCAGGGAGAGCCUAUUGUGACCUCUAUUCGGGCAUUACUGACUCCUCACCCAAUGAAAGAGCUCCGAGUGAAGGGUACAUAUUUGCACCAUAAAGAAAUCAAAGCUGCACAGGGCAUAAAGAUUACUGCUCAGGGACUUGAACAUGCCAUUGCAGGCACUAGUUUGUAUGUUGUGGGACCGAAUGAUGAUGUGGAUGACAUAAAAGAAGUAGCCAUGGAAGAUAUGAGGUCAGUGAUGAGCAGGAUUGAUAAGAGUGGGGAGGGUGUUUAUGUCCAGGCAUCUACGCUUGGGUCAUUGGAAGCCUUGCUGGAGUUUCUGAAGAGUCCAGAUGUCAGCAUACCUGUUAGUGGUAUUGGAAUAGGACCUGUACACAAAAAGGAUGUCAUGAAAGCCAGCGUCAUGCUUGAGAAGAAGAAAGAAUAUGCAACAAUCCUUGCCUUUGAUGUUAAAGUCACACAAGAAGCCCGUGAACUUGCAGAUGAAUAUGGCGUAAAGAUUUUUAUUGCUGAUAUUAUAUAUCAUUUGUUCGAUCAGUUUAAAGCCUACAUUGAUAAUCUCAAGGAGGAAAAGAAGAAGGAAGUUGCCGAGGAAGCUGUCUUUCCCUGUGUUCUCAAGAUUGUACCUAAUUGUGUUUUCAAUAAAAAGGAUCCUAUUGUUCUGGGUGUUGAUAUUCUUGAAGGCAUUGCUCGGGUUGGAACUCCUAUCUGUAUUCCUUCAAGAGACUUUAUUGAGAUUGGUCGGAUUGCGUCUAUUGAAAACAACCAUAAACCUGUAGAUUCUGCAAAGAAAGGGCAAAUGGUCGCCAUCAAGAUAAUUGGAUCCAACUCUGAAGAGCAACAGAAGAUGUUUGGAAGGCAUUUUGAUAUGGAAGAUGAGCUGAUCAGCAAGAUUUCUAGGCGAUCGAUUGACAUACUUAAGGAAAAUUUCCGGAAAGAUCUUUCUAUUGAAGAAUGGAAGCUUCUUCGUAAACUAAAAGACAUCUUCAAGAUACAAUGAUGCCAGUCUGACACGUGUGAUUAAUUAUUCAAUUUUCGGAGAGGCCAUUGGUUCCAGCAAGUGAGUGGUCACUGACUAGACUUUACCCACAGUUUUGGUGAGGCUUCUUCAUGAGUGUAAUGAGGAAUUCUGGUCUCAAACAUCAGCAGAAAGGGAAGUUGGGAUGAGGUUGAUGAGUUCAGAGCUGAAUUUUGUUCGGGAGUCUGGUGUUAGCAUUGAAGUUGUUUUUAAACAAAAUUUCUAACCCCCAAAACUUAUAUUCCAUGUGAGUCUAUUUUUGUUGAGUUGGUGUUAUCUAUCGGUCUGCUGUGUAAAAAUCACAGCACACAACACACCAGGACGUUUUCAGCCUGUUGCAUAUUUUUUGCCGUGUGAACUGAGAAUAAAAGAUUCAAUGAUUAAUCAUACAAAGAUGCUAUAUUAUUCAUUUAUUCUCAAAGUCAACUGUUUAAGUUCAAAAGUA